AUGAUCCUGAAAGAGACAACCCGGCUGGAGCUGCCGGCGGCGGCCGACAUGCACGUCCACCUUCGUCAAGGCAAGAUGAUGGAAUUGGUUGUGCCGCAGAUUCGCAACGGAGGCGUCGAUACCGUUUUUGUCAUGCCUGCUGACUUGGUCCCUUACCAAUCCGUGACCCCCGAGACUAUCAGGGAAGCAGCUGCAGCUGGUAUCACCGGUGUCAAGGUGUAUCCCCAGGGCGUGACGACCAACUCCGCGGCCGGCGUCCGCGACUAUGACGAAUUCUUCCCCGUCUUCGCGGAGAUGGAAAAGCACGACAUGGUGCUCAACCUCCACGGCGAGGUCCCCGGCUCGCCCGGCUCGGGCAUCACCGACAUGAACGCCGAGGAAAAGUUCCUUCCCACGCUCACGAUGCUCAAUGAGAAGUUCCCCAAGCUGCGGAUUAUCCUCGAGCAUUGCAGCACCGAGGCGGCGCUGGAGGCUGUCCGCUCCUGCUCCUCGACGGUUGCCGCGACCAUCACCGCGCACCACCUCUACCUUACCCACCACAGCUGCGAGAACCCGCUCGCCUUCUGCAAGCCUCUCCCCAAGACAUCCAAGGACCGCGAUGCGCUUCUCCGCGCGGUCUGCAGCGGCGAUCCCAAAUUCUUCUUUGGAAGCGACAGCGCCCCCCACCCGCGUCUCGCAAAGCAAGGCGGCGCAGAGGGCACAGCCAAACCGCCGGCGGGUGUGUUUACGCAGCCCUGUGUCGUGCAGUAUGUGCUUCUGGCGCUCGAGGAGGGCGUGGAACGCGGCGUCAUCGCCAACGAGGAUAUUACCCCGGAGAAGCUGGCGAAUUUUCUCAGUGGGUAUGGACGUCGGUUCUACAAGUUGCCGGAGGCGACGGAGAGGAUUGUGCUGGAGCGGAAGGGGGAGGUUAUCCCGGAGAGUGUGAAGAGUGAGGAUGGGAGUGUGGAGGUGGCCUUGUCUCGGGGCGGAGAGAAGGUGUUUAGCUUGACGUGGAAGACCUCGUAG